ACAGCACUAGUGCAAUAUGUCUACACAAUCAGGUAUAACUGCAUCACCAGAGUUGCUUGACUCGUUCAAGAACUUGAAAUCACAAGCAUUGAUCAUUAAAGUAUCUUCUGAUUCCACUCAAUUGAUUCCUGACCCAAACUAUACCUCACCAACUGAAAGUUCCAUUGAAUCGUUAUUCACCCUGGUCCACGAACACAUCUCGAAAGAAUUCCCACAUCCUUCAUAUAUAAUCAUCUCUAAUGAAGAAGACUACGUUUUUAUAAGUUUCAUUCCAGAUGUUGCUCCAAUUAAGCAAAAAAUGUUGUAUGCCUCCACGAAGAACACCCUCGUUUCAUCCCUUGGUUCGUACAACUUCCCCAAGAAUCGGACUUUUGCGUGGACAGAAUUAGAUGAAUUAUCUUACUCGAAUUAUAAAAAAAGUGUGGAAGAUAUCAGUACUGGUCCAUUGUCCAAAGACGAAGAAAUUAUCAAGACCUUGAACAAUCUUCAGGACUUGAAUUUGUCAAGUCAAACCAGUUUGGAUCAUCAUGGAUUCAAAAAGGAAUUGCCCUCUAUUCAUGACACUGCAAGUAGUUCCAGUUCUGCUGAUAUUUUGGGAAAGUUUACUCCUGAAUUGCAACAGAAUUUUGACUCUUUAAAGGACAAUACUUCUUCAUUUAAAUUGGUCACCUUCAAUAUCCAAGGUGAUGAAAUUGUAUUGAAUAGGGCAGAAACUGAUGUCAGAUUAGUUGAUUUGAUACCACUGUUGACUGAAUCUGAAAAUAAGGAAAAGCCAACUCCGUUGUAUGCCGUGUACAACUACCACAUUAAUAAAUUUGCAUUUAUUUAUUCAUGUCCUUCCGGUUCACCAGUUAGAGAAAGAAUGAUAUAUGCAGCUUCAAAAGUAAGUUUAAUCAGUCAUCUCAAUCAGAUAUUAAAACCUCUGAAUUUGUCGAUAGACAAGAACUUGGAAGUUGGUGAUUUGGAUGAAUUGGAAUUAUCUCAAUUGGACAUUGAAUCAGAAGUUCCUACGCCUGGUUCCGUAUCUUCUACAAAUUCCAACAGAACCGGAUUGAAGUUCAAUAAACCAAAGGGUCCUCGUCGUCGUUAAAUUAUAUAGAUAAAUCAUUCAACUCUUUGUUUAUAUACAUAUCCACCACUUCUUUUAACUUGGUAGGAAUAUUCACAUCAAAGUAAUUGUCAACUAGCGUGCUCAGUAUUUCCCCGGUGUCAUCGAUUGACUCGGUGAGAAUAUGUGAAUAUAUUUUUCGAGAAAUUGUCUUGUUUAUUCGAAUAUAUUCUUCUUCAGUGUUUAUAAAUUUUGAAUCUUCGCUGCCUGGCUUGUAUAAUGGUCUUAGCACAUUCUUUAUAUGAUUCUGAAUUUCAACUUUCUGUUCUAAGUUCAACCCAGCUGGUUUAGGUCGUUUGCGUGAUUUGGUAUCCAGUUCAUAUUGAGUAUCACUAUCGUUUGAAUACGACGACAGUUCCAUCGGGCUGUUACUUUGUGGAGAACUGGAACCAGGUGAUUCAGCGGUUAUAGCUGGUGGUUUUAAUGCACAAGAAGAUGAACUAGUAGGAGCACAGACGAUGUUUCUCAAAGGAGGGCGUGAUGGCUUACUCUUUUGAUUUGGGGCUUUCAAUUGGUUAAUAAGGCUGGUUAUACGUCCAUUCCCACUGGAAGAGCCCUCUUCGGGAUUCUUAUGCUCAAGUGGUGUCAUUUUCUUCCUUCUUCUUCUCUUUUUAUCACCUUCACUUGUUACUUGGCUCAAUGAAGACUCCACUGGAUCAACAAUACCUGCUUCUUGGUCCUCCUGGUUUCUGGCCUGUUCAAACAACAGCCACGAAUUCUUUUCUUCUUCGGUAAGUUGCAACCGUUGUUUCUCCUCUCGUCUUCGAAUAACUCCGCCAUUUAUCACUGUAUGUGAUGGUUCCAUGGGAGAGACUUGUUGCCAAGGCCGUAUCGAAAAAUCUGCAUCAUCGUUAUUCUCAUACAAGAAAUCUAUAUCUAGCUCGUCAUUUUCAUUAUGGAUCACCAAGUUCAGUCUGGACCUUCGUGAUCCACCCAUUAAGUUAUUCAAUAUCGAAUUGAUCCGCCUUCUUCCUGCUGCAGCCAGAGAUGGGUUUCUAGCUACUACACACUCUUGAUGACAAUCACAUAUGGGACAAUUCCAAAUUAGAUACUGGUCUGGGCUGACUCCAAGGCAAUGUAAAUGGAAUUUCGAAAAACAUGAUCGGCAUGUAAUUAACUGGUUGCGAUAACUGUUGGAAUAAAUCAGGGAGCUGCAAAUGCAACAAACACCCGAAGCAGAAAGCAACCCCCACUCCUCCUCUUCUUCAUCUUCGUUAUCAUCG